GACUGGAAGAGAAGCCUUCGCCCUUCGUUUUCUUAUAAGGAAGAACAUGAAUCUCUCGCUUCUCUCUGCCUAGGGAUUCCUCACUUCCAUCAGCUUCUUCAACUUCCUGGUGAUUUUGGGGCAGGGAUUUCAGGUGUAGUGUAGCGAGUAAUGGGAAUGGGAGGGAAGGAUAGCGGGAGGACCGUGAGUUCAGGGGGCGGCAGGGUGGCUUCCGGCCGGGAUGUGUAUCCGGCUUGGUGUAAAGACGUGAGGGAGUGUUUGGACAGGUUCCAGGUGGGCGUGGAGAAGGGGUUGUCCGAGGAGGAAGUGAACAAGCGGAGGGAGAUCUAUGGCUGGAAUGAGUUUGAGAAGCACGAGGGGCCAUCGAUUUUUAGAUUGAUUUUAGACCAGUUCAACGACACGCUAGUGAGGAUUUUGCUUGUUGCUGCUGUGGUAUCGUUUGUUUUGGCGUGGUAUGAUGGAGAUGAAGGUGGCGAGAUGGAGAUCACUGCCUUUGUGGAGCCUCUGGUGAUUUUCUUGAUUCUGAUUGUCAAUGCCAUAGUAGGCGUCUGGCAAGAGAAUAACGCAGAGCAGGCUUUGGAAGUGCUAAAGGAGAUUCAGUCUGACCACGCAACUGUGAUUCGUGACGGAAUUCGGGUUUCCAGCUUGCCAGCUAAAGAUCUUGUUCCAGGGGACAUCGUUGAGUUGCAAGUAGGGGAUAAAGUGCCGGCUGACAUGAGAGUAAUACAUUUGAUUAGCUCGACCUUCCGUGUGGAGCAAGGUCCAUUGACUGGAGAGAGCGAACCAGUGAGUAAGACGACUAAGGUAGUUCCAGAAGAUGUUGAACUCCAGGGGAAGAAAUGCAUGGUCUUUUCUGGCACAACUGUAGUCAAUGGACAUUGUUUCUGCUUGGUUACUCACACUGGGAUGGCCACGGAGAUAGGACAGGUCCAUUCUCAGAUUCGCGAGGCGACCAUGGUGGAGGAAGAUACACCACUAAAGAAAAAGCUCAAUGAGUUUGGAGAGACUUUGACUGCUAUUAUUGGUGUAAUUUGUGUUCUAGUUUGGCUGAUUAAUUUGAAGUACUUCCUCUCUUGGGAGUUUGUUGAUGGAUGGCCAAGGAACUUUAAAUUUUCUUUUGAGAAGUGCACUUAUUACUUUGAAAUUGCAGUUGCUUUGGCUGUUGCCGCCAUUCCUGAAGGUCUGCCGGCUGUUAUCACGGCAUGUUUGGCACUUGGAACACGUAAGAUGGCUGCUAAGAAUGCUCUGGUCCGCAAGUUGCCCAGUGUUGAAACACUUGGCUGUACAACUGUUAUUUGCUCAGAUAAAACUGGUACCUUGACUACCAAUCAGAUGUCAGUAGCCAAGCUUAUUACUUUGGGUUCAAAGGCAAAUGUUCUGCGAUCCUUCGAUGUCGAAGGGACAACAUAUGAUCCUUUUGAUGGGAAAAUUCAAGACUGGCCGGUAGGGCGGAUGGAUUCCAAUCUUCAAAUGAUUGCAAAGAUUUCAGCUAUUUGCAACGAUGCCAGCAUUGAAAAGUCAGGGGAGCGUUACGUGACCACGGGAUUGCCUACUGAAGCGGCAUUAAAGGUUCUGGUUGAGAAAAUGGGACUCCCUGAUGGCCUAGAUAUUGAGUAUUCCAAAAUCCACAGUGGCGUACCCUGUUGCUGUUCUACAUGGAACAAAAUUGAACGAAGAAUUGCGACUCUUGAGUUUGACCGUGAUAGGAAGUCCAUGAGUGUUAUUGUACGCUCCAGCUCAGGCAAAAGGUCACUAUUGGUGAAGGGUGCUGUUGAGAGUUUGCUAGAGAGAAGUACACAUGUGCAAUUGUUGGAUGGUUCUGUUGUAGUACUAGAUGUCAGUACAAAAGAUUUGAUAUUGCAAAGCGCCAGUGAAAUGUCAUCUAAAGCAUUACGUGUACUGGGUUUUGCGUAUAAGGAGACCUUACCUGGCUUUCAAACAUAUGAAGGUGAUGAAGACCACCCAGCCCAUGACCUAUUGCUUAAUCCUGCCAAUUAUCCAUCAAUUGAAAGUAAACUCAUAUUUGUUGGUGUGGCUGGUAUUAGGGAUCCUCCUCGGAAAGAGGUACGUAAAGCAAUAGAGGAUUGCAGAGAAGCUGGAAUUCGUGUUAUAGUUAUAACCGGAGAUAACAAGAAUACAGCUGAAACAGUUUGCCGUGAAAUUGGUGUUUUUGGACCCAAUGAGAACAUUUCCUCAAGAAGCUUAACUGGCAAAGAAUUCAUUGAACUUGCUGACCCAAAAUCACUUUUAGGACGAAGUGGAGGGCUUUUAUUCUCUAGGGCUGAGCCAAGGCAUAAACAAGAGAUAGUGAGAAUUCUCAAAGAAGUCGGCGAGGUGGUUGCCAUGACUGGGGAUGGAGUUAAUGAUGCACCCGCUCUCAAGCUGGCUGAUAUUGGAAUCUCAAUGGGAAUUACGGGGACUGAGGUAGCAAAAGAAGCUUCUGACAUGGUUCUGGCAGAUGAUAAUUUUGGCACAAUAGUUGCUGCUGUUGGUGAAGGCAGGUCCAUAUACAACAACAUGAAAGCCUUUAUCAGGUACAUGAUUUCAUCAAACAUUGGAGAGGUUGCUUCUAUAUUUCUUACUGCUGCUUUAGGAAUUCCAGAGAGCCUGAUUCCAGUUCAACUUCUGUGGGUCAACUUAGUGACUGAUGGACCCCCGGCAACAGCUUUGGGUUUCAAUCCACCCGACGAAGAUAUAAUGAAAAAACCACCGAGGAAAAGUGACGAUUCAUUAAUCAAUGCUUGGACCUUGUUCCGCUAUCUGGUGAUUGGGAUGUAUGUAGGCAUUGCGACCGUCGGGGUUUUCAUCGUCUGGUACACCCAAAGCUCAUUCCUUGGGAUUGACCUAACCAGGGACGGCCACAGCCUCGUCACAUAUUCCCAGCUUUCCAACUGGGACGAGUGCCACUCGUGGAACAACUUCACAGCUUCACCCUUCACAGCCGGCACGCAAGUCUUCAGUUUCAACGACAACCCGUGCGACUACUUCCAAGGAGGCAAGAUCAAAGCCACGACACUGUCCCUCUCCGUUCUGGUGUGCAUCGAGAUGUUCAAUUCCCUAAAUGCCCUUUCGGAGGACGGGAGCCUCUUGACGAUGCCGCCUUGGGUCAACCCGUGGCUUCUUUUGGCAAUGGCCGUCUCCUUCGGCCUCCACUUCUUGAUACUCUACGUGCCCUUCCUCGCCCGGGUGUUUGGGAUCGUGCCCCUAAGCCUGAACGAGUGGCUUCUGGUGCUGGCCGUCGCGUUCCCCGUGAUAUUGGUGGACGAAAUCCUCAAGUGUGUGGGUAGGUUUAGCACUGGUGUGAAGAGGAGAGAAAGAAAACUUGCAGCAAAGCACAAGGCAGAAUGAGGAGAAUGUGCCCACAAACAAACAUCAAAGGUUCGUUAUUCUCUUUCUUUCUUUCUUUCUUUCUUUCCUUUUUUAACCCAAGCCAUAUGAGAUAGGAGAAGAUGAUUUGGUUAGUCGGGGGACAUUUAUUAGUCCAAAAAUCACCAUUUAAUUGUGUGGUUUUUAUUUUUAUCCCCACCAUUUUCUCCCCAAUUGUAAACCCUUUUUUUUUAGUUUCGUCUCUAUGUUUUUAUUUCAUGUCAUCUUUGUAUUGAACUUAUUUAUUCCAAGUUUUUAAAAAUGGGAAUUUGCUUGGUUGUACAACUGAUGGCAAUGAGGGUUCCCUUGUUGGGUUGGGCCUCGGCCCAAUAGAUUGGGCUAUCCUAU